AUGAGAUUAUCCUGCAUUUUUAACAAAGCCCCCCUGGGGCUUCGAUAUACUACAUGGCUUCAAUUUCCUACGUUAGAAAGUGCUAUCCGACUUCAAAAGGCACGGAUCAGACCGUUCAUGACCGAAACGAAGCUACAUGAAGGCAUUGCUGCGCCAGAGAUAAACUUUGAUACAAUAGAUCAUAUACGAAGAAAUUCCCACCAGCCAACAGAUGUACAGGAGCUCAAGGGAGAGCAAGAUAAAACACAAUAUGCACGUGUAGUGCCAGAAUCACGCUCUUACUUCACAGUCCAACCCAACUUUACCGAUACACUUAUAAGCUUCGACAAGAUUCUUGAGAACAACCAAAAACUACCAGUCUUAGAUCCUCGAGACACGCCCAAGGUAGCAUGGCUUUCUGGUCGGGAAUACAAAAAUAUGAUCGGAGAAAAGAUCAAGAACAGUCGGUAUCAGCAAAUGCUUCAAGUUUUAAAACGAUUAAAUCAAAUUCAUCCAGCAGUGAUGCCCUCAGAGGUUGAGAAAGCCCUUGAUACAUUUAAACGUGAUACAGUGCCCGAGGCCGCGUCAACCAAAAUAUCACCUAUCGAUGGCUUUGGAAGAUCACUAGGCGUUGGUAGGCGUAAAACAUCAACUGCACGAGCAUGGCUAGUAGAGGGCACUGGAGAAGUAUUAGUAAAUGGAAAAACGCUGUCUGAAGCUUUCGGAAGAAUACAUGACAGGGAGACCGUAAUCUGGCCGCUCAAGGCAACUAUGAGGGUUGACAAGUACAAUCUAUGGUGUCGCGUUGAGGGUGGUGGAACAACAGGCCAAGCCGAGUCUUUAACUUUAGCAGUAGCAAAAGCACUACUAGGUCAUGAACCAGCCUUAAAGCCUGCUUUGAGACGAGCUGGAUGUAUUACGCGGGAUCCAAGAAAAGUGGAAAGAAAGAAGCCAGGUCACGUCAAAGCAAGAAAAAUGCCUGCCUGGGUCAAGAGAUAA